GGUUCCAGAACUCCCAGGCACGUGAAGGGUUAACUAUAUUGUCGCAGUGCAUUGUGGGAGAGCGGAUGCAUAACGAUGGCGGCGACACCAAAGAACUUGAAACUUCUCAUUGCAACUUACUUGCAUGUGGCGUUGUUUUCAACGUGCACGUUUAUCAACGCGACAGAGGUGACGUGGGAUGAGAAUGGAUAUAUUCUCUAUUGUCCAUGCAUGGGUCGUUUUGGAAAUCAAGUGGAUCAUUUUCUCGGCUCUUUGGCUUUUGCCAAAAUGCUAAACCGAACACUGGCUGUCCCCCCUUGGAUCGUUUACCAACAUAACACACAUCCAUUUACAAACGUGCAUGUCCCUUAUAGCGAGUAUUUUCAGUUGGAGCCCCUGAAGAAAUACCACCGAGUGAUCACUCUUGAGGACUUCAUGAAGCAUCUGUCCCCCAAACAUUGGCCCCAGGGCCAAAGAGUUGCCUAUUGCUUUGAGUCUGCUGCAUACAGGAGUGCUGACAAGAAGACUUGUCCAAUGAAGGAUGGGAAUCCUUUCGGCCCCUUCUGGGAUCAUAUUGAAGUAGACUUUGAUCGAUCCGAACUGUUUGGAGGUUUGUCAUUCAGCUCCUACUACCUACCCCAGUGGAUAAAAAGGUUUCCUCCACUGGAGCAUCCGGUUAUGGCACUUCCAGGAGCCCCAGCACAGUUCCCGGUACUGGAGGAGCAUAUUGGUCUGCAAGAGUAUGUGGUGUGGUCUGACAGAAUGGUACAGGAAGGAGAGUAUCAAAUCAACACCCUACUAACCAGACCUUUUGUGGGGAUCCAUUUGAGAAUUGGUUCUGACUGGAGAAAUGCAUGUAAGAUGUUACACACAGGGGAUACUGGGCCUCACUUCAUGGCGUCUCCGCAGUGCGUUGGGUACGACCGUAAAACAGCUCUGGAGCUGACCAUGAACAUGUGUUUGCCGGAUCUGUCUGAGAUUCAGCGUGCAGUCAAACUUUGGGUUAAGAAGACCAAUGCUCAGUCAGUAUACAUAGCCACAGACUCAGAAUCGCACAGUGCAGAGAUUCAAAAACUCUUCAAGGGAAAGGUGAAAGUGGUCAGUUUGCGUCCAGACACUGCUCAAGUUGACCUGUAUAUCCUCGGCCAGGCCGAUCACUUCAUUGGAAACUGUGUUUCCUCCUUCACAGCUUUUGUUAAAAGGGAGAGAGAUAUACAUGGGAGACCCUCAUCAUUCUUUGGAAUGGACUACCCAGGAAGGAAAAGAAAUGAGGAACUCUAAUUUAAAUCAAGAGUUGAUACUGUGAAGAACAGCUGCAGAUAAUAUUUGUGGUGUUUGAUUAGAAUUAGAACAUUGGGUUCAGGAAGUUUUUGAUACCAAACCGUAUUUUAAGUGGGGAUGAAGUGGACAAUGCAUAUCACUACAAAACAAGUUAACAUUCACAACUCCCCAUGCUGUUUUUGUCACGCUCUGACAACCUUUUACUGUGACCCACCAAAUUUAUGUAACGGUAUAUUCAUUGUGCAGUACAUUACAAGUAAGAUGUUUGUGUUAUUGACUUUUUUUGGUGAUAGUAAAUAGGGUUGGUCAGAAUACGAAAAGGGAAUAUGGGUUUAUUCACACUUUUAAGGUGAAGGUCAUAGGCAGUCCACAUAAUACAUCUUUCCGAAUAUCAAUUUGCUUGCGUGUAAGAUAAUGUUUAAUUUCGACAGUUUUAAUUAUGUAUGAAAAUGAAUGUUCAAUGUCUUACCGACCCUCUGAUAUCUUGCAGUUAUGCAUAUGAGGCGAAAAGAUUCUUUCCGGUGUAAAAUGCAAAUUGCAGAACUGUUUUUUUAUACGCGUUUUAAGAUGCUUAAUUCCUGAAAUGAGUCUUUUCCAUGGGAAAUAAAUACAAUUUGCAGUAUUCUCACUGCACGCAUGAACUUGCUUUAGUUUUAUACUUCUAUUUGAAUUGAAAAGGAAUGAAUGAUGCACAUUUUCUAACAUUUUUCAAAAAAUGA